AUGUCUGUACGGGUUCAAACUCGUGUCAUUACUACAGACCCGUCGGCGGUGAAGCAUAUCAAGGAGCACGCAGCAGCGCUGUUCCCAAAUGGCGGCUGGGACACUCAUCACCACAUCUUCGAUCCCGAACGAUUCCCAUACGCAGUCGAUCGGCACCUCACACCACCAGCUGCGUCAGUCCAGCAAUUCAUCGACUUCAAAGCCCGUUUGGGUUUUACGAACUCUGUCCUUACUCAUGGUCUCUCAUACGGCGACGAUUGCACGUCUUUGAAGACAUUCGUGCCCGAACUGGAUCGCAGCAAGACAAGUGCCAUUGCUGUUAUUGACCCACGCACUGUCAAGCCAUCGGAACUGGAGUCUAUGCACAAUGCCGGUAUUCGUGGUAUUCGCGUCAACCUCUAUAAGUACGGAGCGAUGCACGACCUGGAGCUACAAAAGGUGGCACUUUGCGAGCAUGCUGCCGUUCUGAAAGAGUACUGUUCAGGCUGGAGCAUGGCAUUCACCCACAUUCACCCAGAGUUUUGGAACGACCUGAUUCCCGUUGUCCGGGAAAUUGCCGAUGCCGGAAUCCCGCUUGUCACGGAUCACUUCGCACUGCUCAAAGCAGCCUCGAUGUUGCCUGACGAGCACAAGGCGAACGUACUAGCACAGCCCGGAUUGGAAGCGAUCUGUUCUUUGGUUCGUUCUGGAGCUCUGUAUGUUAAGAUAAGUGCUCCCUACCGUGUCAGUGAACUGGCUCCUGGCUACAGCGACUUACAACCAAUUGUUCGAGCCUUGGUAGAUGCCAACGCUGGGAUGAUAUUGUGGGGAUCUGACUGGCCACACACGCCGAGAAUGAAGGUUAGAAGCCGAGAAGAAGCGCUUCGGGACACGCAAUUUCUGCAGGUUGAUGAUGAAGGGUGGCUGAGAACCCUGAAAGGUUGGUUGAGUGAGCAUGAGUGGGACAUGAUCAUGGUCCAAAAUCCAAGUAGACUGUACAGUAGUCGAUAA